UAUCGUAAAUAAUAUAAAAUUAUCGUUUCCAGAAGAUGCAAACCCUAGCAACCACCAUCAGAGAUAAAAAAAUAUCCCUUAACCUCUCGCGUGAUUAUCUUGCCGGCGAAGUUUUGUCGUGAUUUCGCGAGAUGGAGCACCAAUCUCUUACGAUAACGGGCUGAACAACAUCAGGAGAAAUAUAGAGUAAGAAUACAACUGUACCAUCUAUACAGCAAAGCAAGGGAAGAAAAUAGAUUUCAUAAAAGAAGACCUAAUAAGUAUAAAUAAAACUGAGAAUAAAAAAAAAGGAAUCAAUAUAUAAGAAUAAUUGAAAUAGAAAUGAACAAUUUUCAGCAAGAGUGUCCUCCAACUAAAUUGUGCCUGAUGAUCCUGUUGCAGCCUUGAGCUUGGCAAAAGAUAUUGUGAUAUCUACUUUUAAGUAAUGGAUUCGAAUGAAAAUAUUAAAGAUAAAAUUUUGGAUACUUCUAGUGAAAUGGAAGUUUCUGAUUCAAGUGUACAAGAUAAGAAGAGUGAGAAACAAGAAGAUAUAGUAAGUUUAGAAAACAUGGUGGUGAAGGAAAAUAUUAAAAGUGAAAAUGUGGACGAUAUAUGUGAGAAGGUACAAGAAAUUAAAAAUGAGAUUCUUGAUCCCCAAAGUACAGACAAUAUAAAAAUCAAUAUACAAAAUAUCAUUAAGACAGUAGAAUUAGAAAAGAAAAAAGAUAAUGAUAGGUCAGCUAAGGUUUCUAGUUUGUUAAAAGAUACUACAAAUUCAGAAAUGGAGACAACUUCAUCAACAUCAGUACCAAUUAAGGAGAUAAAGGAGGGAAAAAGAAAACGGAAGAGUACAAACACACCUCCGGCGAGGAGCUCGCCAGUCGAACAAAAUGGCAGCAGCGCAGGCAAACGAAAAAAAAUGGAUACCAGGAGCGACAGGUUCUGCUGGCGCUGUCACAAGGAGUCGGUCGAAGCUCAAUGCAGCGUCUGUCCAAGAUCAUGGCACAGGCGCUGUAUGGGGGGAGCACCCCCGCUAUCUGUUAGCAAUUGGAUAUGUGGCGAGUGUGCGGGCAUUCUGCAGGCGGAGAAUCCCGAGACUCGUUCCCAAGCAAUGGCACAAUUGACCGUUGACCAACUCUGCAUGAUGCUCAAACAUGUUGUAGAGAGGAUGAGAGAUCAACAUGGUUCUGCACCAUUUUGGAAGGCAGUUGAUCUAAAUGAAGUUCCUAAUUACCUGGAGUAUGUUGUUAAACCAAUGGAUUUAAGUUUACUUGAAUCCAAUGUUCGUACCAAACUGUAUGGUAGUACAGACGCAUUUAUGGCUGAUGCAAGAUGGAUUCAACAUAAUUGCAUAGUUUUUAAUACAUGUGAUGGUGUUUAUGCAGAUACGUCGAAGCUGACGAAUACAGCAAAGCAGAUGCUAAAGGUAGCACGACAGGAAGUUUCGGAAAUAGAGGCAUGCCCAGAUUGUUUUGCUCACGGGCGCAACUUGCCUCGACCUCUACCUUCCUGGUUCAUUGAGCCUUGUCGCAGACCACAUCCCAUUGUUUGGGCCAAGCUCAAAGGUUUCCCUUUUUGGCCAGCCAAGGCAAUGCCGAGAUUAAAUACGCAAGGCUUAGUGGACGUACGCUUUUUCGGCGAACACGACAGAGCUUGGGUCUCACCAAAGGAUAUCUAUUUAUACUCCCAGGAACCACCCGCAGUUCUACCGAGAAAGAAAAAAUUAGAAAUGGAGCAAUGCGUUAAAGAAGUCGAGGAUCACUCUAAGAAGUUGGAGGAAGUCUUUGGAGAAUUUAGGUAUGCACAGCCUAAAAUCCAGUAUGAUCCACAUGAUCUUAUGCAAAUAAAGCUGUUAUUACCUGAUUACAAUCCACCUCAAAAUAUUCGGACCGAUACUACAAAGGUAGAAAUACAACUUCCCAUAAAUAAUAAAGUGAUACUGCCAAAAAUGGAGAAAAAACUGUUAAAUCUCAAGAAUGCUGUUACAGCAAAUACAAAUGGCAUAAUAGAAAGUCCCGUAGAAAAACGUAAGUUAGUACGAAAAAAAAAAUCUCCAGAGGCUCAACAACAAUCUGUAAAUAAAGCAAAUCCUGUCGUUGAACCUGUUGUCAUCAUUACAAAAAGUAAAAGUAAAAGUCCUGAUGGAAUAUCGACUAAAACUACCCUUGCAACCUCUUCUAUUAAUAGUGAACUGAUAAAAAAUAAUACACCUGAAAUAACCGCUAUAGUGGAAAUAUCUAAUAACAGUAGUUCUAAGAAGAACAUUACACCUAUAAGAAAGAUAAAAGGUGAUAGUAUAAAAAAGAUAAAGUUGGCAAAGGAUCUCGACAAAGAGGAAUUGAAAAAGACUAAUAUUAACAUAAAAAAUGUAGAAGGUAAAUCUAUUAGUGUUGUACAUUCAACACCCUCAAACAGUUUGCAACAUCACAUGGAAAAUAUUAAGACUUAUACAUCAGGGCAGAAGCCACAGACUAUUUACAUUCAAUCGAAUUUAAAAAAAGUUUCGAAUGUAAUUUCUGCUAAUGCAAAAAUGAAUUCAAAAUCACACCUAGAAAAUAAAACGGUGCAUAAAAUGUUGCAUAAAGUGAACAAAGAGUCGAUGAAAUCUUCUCAUAAUAAUAUUCAAAAAAACAAUAAAGAUGAUUCGUUGACCAGUAGACCUAUGACCACCAUACCUGUAUCGGCUAAAAAGGAACAGUCGAAAACUAUAUAUCACGCGAUAAACUCAAAUACAUCGGAAUCUGCGAGGCAUUUCAAUGACAAGGAAACAAGAUUAAAUUCUGCUGUGACGAUAAUCAAACAAGAACCAAAGGAUGAUAUGCAACCCAAAUUGACAAUCGCGAGAAAGCCGAGCAAGGCGCGGAAGUCGUUUCCAAACAAACCGCCCAGCUUUCCUCAAGUGAUGACACCAAGCACCUCGUAUCCUCGUAGCUCGAACACCAGUGACGCCAUGGUCUACAUUCCACCGCAAGGCAGCGAAAUGCGUCCCCCUUGUCAGUACGAGUUACCACCCCCGGAGGCAGGACCCGCAACCGCCCAAAUUUACCAAAAUUCUAAGGAUCUGGCGAACCGUGUAGCCCAGCUCGUUGCCGACACGAUCAAGGAUGCGGCGGAGAGUAAUGGAUUGGGUACGGGUAACGUACUCGAUCACCACGAGGCCACAAUCCAUUAUCUCAAACUUAGAAUGGAAAGAAUGAAGUGGGAGCACCAACAGGAGAUUACUGAGAUUAAGCAUAAUAACGAACUUGUAAUCCGCGAUUUGAAAGCGAGCAUGGAAGUCGAGCGGUACCGAGCAUUGCAAGACGCGCGCCGGGAGGCCGAGAUCGACAAGCUGCGUUGCAUCGAGGAGACGAAACGCAAACAAUGGUGCGUGGUAUGUGGCCGUGAGGCAAUGUUCUACUGCUGUUGGAACACUGCCUACUGCGAUUAUCCGUGCCAGCAGAAACAUUGGACUUCGCAUAUGGCGACCUGCGCCCAAAAGUCUCAGGGCCAAUCCCAGCAGCAACAACAACAACAACAACAACAACAACAACGAGAGCAAAAUCAUCAUCAUCAUCAUCAUCAUCAACAGCAGCAACAACAGCAACAGCAACAGCAACAUCAUCAUCACCAGCAGAGGGGAAGUUCCCAGUCGUUCAACAGCGGCUCUUCGUCCAAAGGCCAGCAGCAGGUGAUGCCCAAGCUUGUGAUAAAUAGACCACAACAAAUGUCCGUUUUGAGGAGAACCUAGAGUCGCAUUUU